AUGGCUGAGCCAUGGAGAGGCCUUCUCCACCAGCUCACUAUGGAGCUGGAGUGCCAGUCCGCCAAACUGCGGGACCUGGAGCUCCAGAACAGGCGCCUGCUGGAAGCAAACGUUCCGAUCGAGAUGGCUGCCAUGCCUCCUGUCAUGCGCGAACCCCCUCCCCCUCCAGGGGCCGGAGAUGCCCGAAGGUCCAGAAGAAGUCAGCAGGAGGACGAUGACGAAGAAGCAGAAGAAGAGCCAGUUACAGGCCUGCAGACAGACGUCAUACUUCCGCAUCCGCAUCGGGACAGCAAGAUCUCUCAAAUCUCCGAGAUUUUUCAGCCGCGGAGAAACUCGCGGGUAUCAAAACUUAUCGAAUCGCAGCAGGUCAAAUUCAUGAUCCUGCGCGCACAAAGAACCAGAGAAUUUGGGGUGCAGAAGCGGUGGUUCGUCAUCAAUCCAGAUACCAACCGCUUCGCCACGGUUUGGCAAAUCAUUACCAACUUCGCGCUGGCUUUUGUGGCCCUCAUCACGCCACUGCAGGUUGGUUUGCUGGAGAUCCAAUGGGACGCGCUCUUCGUUUUCACUAUGCUGGUCGACUUAGUGUUCGUGAUCGACAUGGUCCUACAAUUCGUCACCAUGUAUCCACGUACGACAGCGCGCGGGUUGGAGUGGGAACUGAACCCCCGGAAGAUUGCGAUGAACUAUUUGAGGACCUGGUUCUUUUUGGACUUCGUGACGCUGAUCCCGUUCGACAUGAUUGGUUUAACCUCAGGCACCGACAGCCUGAAGGAUCUGAGGAGCAUCAAAGUCAUUCGCGUCCUCCGGCUCCUGAAGUUGAUGAGGCUUCUGCGCACCUCCCGACUGACCCACCGCCUUGAGAUACCCUUGUCCAUCCCUUACCAGCAGGUGGCGCUCUUCAGAUUCCUUCUCAUCUUGGUGUUGGCCUGCCACUGGUUGGCUUGCGUGUGGGCCAUGACUCUAAAAAUCGUAGAGGACAGCUUCCCGCAGUGGAUCAAUGACAUUGAGGCUGCCGACCUGACCUAUGGCAUCCGCACCCGGGACUCCCCUCUGCGCAUCUACAUCGCCGCAUAUUACUUUUGCUGCUACACCAUGACGUCCGUUGGCUACGGGGACAAUGGGCCCAAGAACGUGCUGGAACGAGUGGUCUGCACCUGGAUCGUGUUGACCUCCGGACUGUCCUGGGCCUACGUUCUCGGAGAGGUCUGCGCCAUCGUCAGCGAGAUGACAGCGGAGGGUCAGAGGUUUCGGAAGAAGAUGCACCAUCUGAACGCACUGAUGCAGGAGCAGGGCCUGCCACCCGAGCUGCGAAAGCGCAUGCGCAGCUUCUUCCUUCAGAACAGGCAUCAUGCGGAGCAUCAGACGCGGCAGAAGCUCUUGGAGAACUUGAGCCCCCAGCUGCAUGCCGAGGUCUGCACGGCGCUGAACAUGCCCUGGAUAGAGAAGGUUUAUUUCUUCAAGCAGUUCAUGUCGAUCAUCGAUGUGUUGGAGGCAGAUGGCGCCCACACCACACCCUUCCGUGCUUGCAUUGCCGACAUCUCUCGAUCGCUGCAGACUGCAGCCUACGCACAGAAGGAGAUCUUCGAUAACGUGCAGGUGCUCUACAUCCUCUCCAAGGGCCUGGUCGCCUUGAACAGCAGGGUGGGGCAUAAUGGGGUGGUCUGGGGUGAGGACUUCGUUCUCUCGGACACCAGCCUGAUCCGGCCGGUGGCUGGCUUCGCCUUAACGUACAUCGAGGUCCUGUACCUGACCCGCGAGAACUUCAUGGGGGUGAUCGAACGCCGAAAGUUGACGUGCCCGCAGCUGGGCCAGGCUUGGUGGCCUAUAUUUCGUAGGUUCGUAAGCCGUUAG